CUCUUCCCUCUCGGACCGGCGACAGGGACGCUAUUUCCGGAGACUCCUGUUUUCCUCUUCGUCUCGCUUCCCCGACUCCGAGCUGGGGCGGAACGAUCGGGGAAGUGAUCCCGUGAGAAGGAACACAGAUUCGAGGGCGCGGAGGGCCGGAAGGGGAUCGGAUCUCGGAUCUCCGUUCGAGGCCGGCGGGGCUUUCGCGCUGCUUCGUCUCCGGAGAAGUGGAGUUCACGAGUAGCAUCAGCUAAUAUAGAGUUGAUGGUGGGUAAUACUUGAAUUGGGUUUCCUUCUAAAUGAUGCUCUGGGGUCGGAAGUUGAUCACCCAGGGAAUGAAAGAAAUAUUGGUGGAGGAAUAUAGAGCGCUGAUUUGCUGUACUAAAGAUUGGGGUUUAUCCAAGUACGUCUGUGAGUUCCAUUUGGAGUCUUACUAAAGAUCAGCUGUUUAAUGUGUGGUCAAAGUGACGCAUUCAUGGAGUUGUGAUUAGCUCUUCAAUGGAUUGGUGGUGUAUCUAAUUUUCGAAGACAGUGUAUUGAUCCUGGAAGGGUUUCCAUGUUAUCUGGUUGAUAUAAAGAAUGGCAUCAUGUAGAAGAAAUAUGUCUACAGUGCAGCGAGAUGGAGCUGUGCAAAAUGGGGAAGCUUGUGUUGAUAGCUCUCCCUUACCCAAGUUGUCUCAUUCUCCAGCGUACUUGGCUUUGAGAGGGUUUCUGUAUUCAUUGGUGAACUCGAUGAGUUUUCUCAUGGCGUCGAAUAGGAUUCAGGCUGCUUUUGCCGGUAUGCUGGCACGAAGGUCUUCUCGGCCUGUGGAGAGGUCAAAGUCGAAGGGAUUACACUGGAAGCGAGUCUCCUUCCAUAUCUUUGUCUUUUUCAUGAUAGGGGUUUUCCUUGGUUUCACCCCAUUUCUCUCUGUUGAUAUCUCCAGGAAUUUUGUGUCCAAACAUCGGGCCUUCUCCUUUGAGGAGGAUUCAGCAGCUGAAACUGGUGCUCACCAGGAAAUUGAUUCAGUAAGGGAAAAAAUUCAAUCGAUUGAUAAACCACAGAAUGCCGUGGCAAAAUGGACUGUGAAAAAUGAGUCUCUCGAUGCCACAUCUGCUGUACCUCCUGUGCCAGAUACAGACUUAGUGCCUCAAAAGCUUUUGAUAAUUGUGACUCCAACAUAUGUUCGGCCAUUUCAAGCAUAUUAUCUAAAUCAACUGGCUCAAACAUUAAGGAAUGUACCACCCCCGCUACUAUGGAUAGUUGUUGAGAAGUCCAUGCAGUCCGCUGAAACAGCAAAGAUCUUGAGGGGUACUGGGGUCGUGUACAGACAUCUUGUGUGCGAGCACAAUGCCACCAACAUAAAAGAUAGUGGUGUUCACCAGAGAAAUGUUGCACUGGCUCACAUUGAGAAGCACCAUCUUGAUGGCAUAGUAUACUUUGCAGAUGAUGAUAGAAUCUAUUCAAUUGGCCUCUUUGACCAAAUGCGUCAAAUCAGGCGUUUUGGAACGUGGCCUGUUGCAAUGCUUGGUGAAAGUAAAAAUAAAGUGUUAUUAGAAGGUCCUGUUUGCAAUGGCAGUGAGGUAAUUGGAUGGCACACAGAUCAGAGGACCAGGAUAUCUCGAAGAUUUCAUGUUGACAUGGCUGGUUUUGCAUUUAACAGUACCAUACUCUGGGAUCCUAAGAGAUGGAACCGCCCCACUCUUGAGCCUAUUAGGCAACGUGCUAAAAUAAAAGGUUUUCAGGAGACCACAUUCAUUGAGCAGCUGGUUGAGGAUGAAAGCCAAAUGGAAGGUUUAGCAAACUGCUCCGAGAUUAUGGUUUGGCAUCUCCAUUUAGAAGCUCCUGAACUUAUCUAUCCAAGGGGCUGGAUGAUGCAGAAGAACUUAGAAGUUGUUGCACCUCUAACAUGAUAGCUGGCCAUGCGAAGUCAUCUCAUUGGUCUGAUUAAAAAUGGUUCCUUAUCCUGUUCGUAUCACCUCGAACUGCCUAGACUGCUGCCUGGAAUGUCUGCUCUGAUUUAUCUCCUAUGAUGGGCAGAGGCACAGGCUUCCUGAUGCAAAUGGUGUUUGUCGUAUUCUUUAUUUCAGGCUUUUUGUCCUGGUUUCUUUAUCCAGACCAGACAGACCUUGUACAGUUAUUUGUUUUUCUUUUGUUGUUGUUGUGUUUGAGAUGCUUCGCAAAUGCGAAAAAUUGCAUCCAUCGGUACUGUUGGGAAUGAAAACAAGCACCUCUGUAACAUGCAAAAAUUUCUAUUUAACUGCCAUGAAUCAGAAUUAAAUUGACCAUCAAUUUUGCUUCA